GAACAAUCCUCUUUUCAAUGUUAGAAGGAGCGCGAAACGUGAACUGAAUCUGAGAGGCUGAGAGUAGAGCAGAGCCGAGCAGAGAGAGAGAGAGAGAUGUCAAAGUUCGUAUACCCUCGGCUGUCCCGGAGCGACAUAGUGUCAAUCGUGAUGGACGCUCAGAUCAUGGAUAUUUCGGAGCACCAUCUUCUCAACCCCAACCCUGAUUUCGUCGCCGACCUCUACACCCGCAUCCUCAUCGCUCUCGACUUCUUCAAUCAGGAUUUUGGGCAAGUUGAUUUCGAUGCCUUGCAGCAGUUUGAGAAUCCAGAUUUUCAUGAGACCUCCCUCCACAGCAUCAACCUCUGCAACAGAAUCAAGCAAGUCCUCGCCUUAGUCGAUUGCCCUUACAAUUUCACCCUCAAAGAUCUCCUCAGACCCGACCCCAAUCGCACUGAGUACUUUCUCAGUGCUAUUAUCAAUUACCAUCUUUACAGAGAGACGAAAGUGAAUCUACUCACCGAACUUAUGAAUCCUUUAACGGAGAUUGAGGAGCAGCACCAAUUGUUGCAGGGCCAGAUUUCACAGUUGAAUGCUGAGAUUGCGGGUUUCAAUGAAGCAAGAGAAAAGGAGUUGCCUCUUCUUCAGGAGGUAGAUGCCAGAGUUAAAGAAUUGCGCCAAACCAUUGAAGGCCUCAACAACGACCAAGUUAAAGUCAGAACUUCUCUUAAGAAGUUGAAGGAGAAGAGUGGAGAAAUGGACAAAGAGAUUUCUGAUGCUGAUUUUGAUCUGCUAAAAUGUGAUUCCGAGAGACAAGAAUUACGUUCAAGAAUUGUACAGUCACCAGAUAAACUGCAGAGGGCUGUAGAAGAGAAGAAAUCAAUUCGAGAGAAGGCAAAGAAUGAUGAAAUGUCAGCCAUGCAAUCUUUUAAGGAGAAGACUGCUGUUGAGGAGGUUUAUACGAAGGUUCUAAAGAAAUUAUCAAAGCACUUGGCCCAGAUGCAAGCUAUACAAGAACAGGUCAAUUCUGCUAAAUUUGCUGGCAAAGACUAUAAAGCAUUAAAAGAUAAAAUAAGUGAUGAUGAAAUCCUGAUCAAGUCUCUUCAGAACGAAGUUGUGAAACGACAGGCAAAAGUGAAAGAUUUGAAUGACUUGAAAAGGAAACUAGAAAAGGAAAGAGAUCUAAAGUUUGAGGAGGCUACUAAAGAAUAUAGUAAUGUCAAGCUGGAGGUGGAAUCAAGGAGGGGUGUUCUCGAAGCAAGGCAAAAGGAUGUUGAAGCUGCAGUAGCAGAGGUGGAUUCUAUAACUGCAAAGGUUGCCUCGGUAAGAAAAUCUGCAGCAGCCGAUCAGCAAGCAUUAGCUCAUAAGUGUGAGGAGAUCAUUAAAGAGUUCCACCAAUAUGCAAGUUCAAUUGGGGUCUUGCUGCAAUGAUUGAUAGAGCGUCAAAAGCUCAUUGAGCAUGAAGCAGGUUCUUUUGGAAUUUGUUCGCUGGUUUGACUGCAGAAAGUAUCUUGUUUCUUCAGUAUACAUCUUCCCCUUGAGCCUUAAGCAUCCUUCUUAUAUAGUGACCAAAAAUAUACAUCUUCCACUUGAAUCUUGUUUCUUCAGUUUGACAAGAAAGUUUCACCGGAUGCUUUAUCCCUCAUACAAAAGAAUGCACCUUGGGUUUCAACAAGGUUGCCUGCCUUUGCUUGGUAUGCAGAUUGAGUUGUAUAAUCUCCUCUUUUUUUUUUUUUUUUUUUUUUUGUAGAGCGAGUUGUAUAUUAUUUUUGAAAGGCACUUUUUAGAGACCUUUAUCUUCAUAGUAGUAGUUUAUUUAGAAAUAAGGUGCUGUUUUGAUUAUUUGUCCUCGGAUGAUUCUCGAAAUGAACCAGAACAAUUUAUAGCUUAAUUCCUGU